AUGGCCGACGUCGCUCCCCAGUUAAAACGGAAGAGAGAGGAAGCGGCGGCGCAGAAGAAGGCCAAGAAGCAGAGGAAGGACGAGGCGGCGGCUGCGCUCGAGAACAGUCGCAAUGGCCAACCUGGAACUCCGGCGACCAAUUCGACACCCAAAACCAAGAAUACGUCUACGUCCAAGAAGCAAUCAAAUGCGAUGCCCACGACGAAUGGUGCGAGCAAAGAUGCGACGAGUGAAACACCCGUAACUGCAUUGAAAGCCAACAAAUCUCCAGCACGGGAAAAUGGGUCUGCCAAUGACGAUGAAAAAGAUGCAGCCACUGCGACGCAGACUCCAAGUAAAGCGCCUAAACGAUUAGUGGAGGAAGUAGUGAAUGGCGAAGCGCAUGGCACACCACAGGCGGCGGAGAAGGUAGAGCACAAAAAGAAGGACAAGAAGGAGAAGAAGCGCAAGGACAAGGCGAAGCGUGAUGAACUUGUCGAGACAGAACCGUCAGUACCGAUAACGAAGAGCAGAAAGUCGACACGUUAUACUACAUCUGCAUCUCAAGGAGGGUGGUUUUUGCCUGCGGAUCCUAUAUUUUCUACUGAUGAGAAAUAUUUGCUUGUCGCCGAUUCCAACAUCUUGCGCGUCUACAGCACCGAGACAUCUCUGCUCGCACAUACUCUAUCCGAAGGAGACAUCGGAAACAUUACAGCCUACGCUCUAUCGGCUACUUCGCCUCACUUAGUUUACGUCGCCUAUUCCGUCGGACAAAUCAUAAUGUGGGACUGGGUAGCUGCUAGACAGAUCGGUCGCUGGCAUGUUGAUGUCAAAGUCAAAAACAUGGCAGUCAUCAUCAAGCCUGCGUCUGAUGAAGACUUUGUAUACUGCCAUGAAGCAGACAGCGUCUGCAUACGAGCACUUCGCACCAGCCGCCAGACGUCCGAAAAGUCCGAGAGGUCACAACUGAAGCAGUUGCUCAAGACCAACUCCGAGAUUUGCGGUAUCAGGGUGCUUCUUCAGGGCAAAUACGUCGUCGUGGCUACUGCCGAUUCCAUCACUAUUGGAAAGCGCGUAAAGCCCAGCAGGACAGCUCUCGCGGAGUUUGAAUAUCUCUGGCGCGAAUUCAAGUUGUCAAAGCACAUCACCACUUUCGAUGUUUAUCACCGCGAGCAAAAUGAGCCUGGCAAUGGAAAAAAGGCCGCACAUGACCAACGAGACGUUAUCGACAUUGCCGUUGGUGACGAGACUGGUGUCAUCCUGCUCUUUGAAGACAUAUUGGCCUCCAUUGCUGCGGUUGAGAGCAGUCAAAAGGGCAAGAAGGAUAGGCUGGACAGCGCUGAUAGUCUUAGGCCAAAGCGAUUGCACUGGCAUAGAGAAGCGGUGGGUGCAGUCAAGUGGUCGCUGGAUGGCAACUAUGUCAUUUCCGGUGGCGAUGAAACUGUCCUUACGAUCUGGCAGCUUGCCACGGGACUACCACAGCAUCUGCCCCAUCUUUCCGCCGCUAUCGAAAACGUCGUCGUCUCUCCCACUGGCGCAUCCUAUGCCUUGACACUAGCCAACAACUCGAUCAUUGUCCUUUCCACGACCGAACUCGAGGCGCGGUCGAACAUCAUCGGUAUUCAAUCACGACGAAUUGAUAUCGACCAACUGCCCAGGGAGACAAAGUCUGACAAGAUGCAUCUGGAUAUGUUUGAAGCGGUGCCUACAUGUGUCAAUCCGACAAACCCUUACGAAGUUGUUUUUGCGGUACCUUCGUCACAACCUCGUCGUAAGAAGGAGGGCCUGAGGCCCGAGCCAUACCUUCAAACUUUCGAUCUAGCCAAUGAACGCGCCAAGGCCCGACAGGCACUCACUCGCAACAAUGCCACAGAGUCAAACGUAGGACCCGAUGGCAGCCGGAUCAAAGAGCCCAAAGUUACCCAUAUUCAGAUCAGCCAUGAUGGAGAAUGGCUCGCAACUGUUGACGAAUGGAUUCCACCGCGGUCUGAUACCGGUUACUUGAACGAAGGCAUUCCAGAGUUUAACGAGCAAGAGCGUGUGAACCGUCGCGAGGUGUAUCUCAAGAUCUGGCGACGCGACAAAAACACUACGCAGUGGAAGCUGGAAACUCGAAUCGAUGCGCCGCAUUUCUUUGAGGAUGUCUGCGGCAAUGGCCGUGUCUUUGAUCUCAUUGCCGAUCCUGCUAAUGCCGGCUUUGCUACUGUUGGAGAAGACCAUGUCGUACGGAUAUGGAGACCCAAGACGCGCUCACGCGACGGGGUCGUGGUUCGCGGAGCUCAGCAAGAAGGACUCGUCACGUGGUCUUUGGAUCGCACAGUUGAGAUCAACGACAAGCUUGAUAUUACCGAAGGUUCACAACAAUCAUUGCCGCCACGCACUUCACGCCUAGCCUUUUCUGCAGAUGGAUCCGUUCUUGCCGUCUCCAUCUCAUGGGACCUUGAAGAAGAUGCUGGUGUCACACACUUGAUUGACGCACACACUGCGACAAUCCGACGAUCACUAACCGAGAUUGACGUGACAGCGCUCUCUGGCAUGGGAUUUGUAGGACAGUACCUCAUCGUAGUCGCCGACGCCAUUACCGUCUGGGACAUGGUAUCUGACCGUCUCGCACACAGCCUUGCUAUCCAAACCCCUAGUAUGGGACGUCUGGAACGCGUACCCUUGGUUCGACUAGCCAUCAAUGAGACAGACGGCACUUUCGCCGUUUCGCUCCCCCAAUUCGAAAAGAACGAGAAGUUCUCGACCAACGUCAAAAGCGCUUCAUCCAGAGUAUGCAUCUACACGCCCGAGCGCCAGAACCCAAUCUUCAAAGACACUUUCUUCGGCAUCUCCCUAGCCCUCGUCUCAAGAAGAAGCGAAAGCGGUUACGUGGUGCUUGAUUCUCGGUCUUACAUCAAAACCAUCACCCCGACUGCCGGUCCUUUGCAACUCCCCUCUCCCCCGCCAGAGACAACCGACAUGCGCGUGACUUACCUUGCGACACAAGAACAAGAGGAAGACGAGGAGAUGGCGGACGAUAGACCAUUGGCGAAGUUCGUUGUGGAGGAGGAUCUCACGCAGGACAUGGAGUAUGAUGAGCAUGUGUUUAAUCUUCAGGACCUGCAGAAUGUGCUGCAUGAUGGAACGGUGCCUCCGCCGCCACAGGGCCUUUUCACCAAUAUUUUGGCGCUUAUUGGAGGGAAACAACAAAAGGUUCAUGCGUAG